GGUUGGCUGGUUGCCAUAUGCAGCAGUGCUGCUGGUGUGCAACACAACGACCAGCCAAGGCGCACACGGGGGCUGAGGAGAGACGCAGCUAAGCGCUGCUUGGCACGUCGGCCAUAGCCAGGACGUACGUGCUUGGAAGCCGGUGGAGUUGGAUAGUGGUCCUUGGACAUGGAGGUUGCCUGUGCGGGGUCGGACAGGGGUUGAUCGUGCGGAGAGAGAGGAGGACGUACCAGGUGUGUAGCGAAGGUCUGCCUUGGCAACAACUUUGUGUACAUCGGUUCUGCUGCUAAAGUUCUUAUGGUUGCAUCAUUGUAGAGUAGGCUAGGAUAGGAGUCGUGAGUCUGUGGUUGGGCACCAGGCGCCAGUAGUGAGGAGCGACACUGGAUAUUCUGUCGAUGGCGGCAAGACAAGGGGCUGGCAAUCACAACUGAAUUCAUUGUCCUGCACUUCUUUUGGUGUAUACUUGGUGCAUUCUACUUUCUUUGCAGCACACGACUCUCUCGUUCUUCAAUGUGAUAAUGCAAUUUGGGUUUAUGUCAUUCGGUCGCACUCAUUUUCCUUGCACUUGCAAAGGAUUGCGGAUGAUUUUUUCCCAGUUCAUCCUUCCCUUCUUUUCUCAACUCACUGCUGCUUUGUUGGAUGCUGAAGGGCCACAGCAAUGUGAUGCCCCUGGGGUUUCCAGUUGCAAAUAUCAUCUCCUUGGAACCCAGCAAGAAGAACUAUGAGACAUUACUGUUGAAUGUGAAUGGCUUGGGCAACGUGAACCCCCUUCCUGCAGGGCUGUGGAAGAGUAUGUCUCAGCUCAGGUUCGUCAACUGCACUGUCAAUGGGAAUAGCUGGGAGAGAGAGUGGGGAUUGCAGGUGGAGGAGGUAAGUAACUGGAAUGAAAUGGAAGCAGAGAUUAUCAUGACUGGUCUGACCGUAGAAUUCCUGCUGCGCCUCUUUGACUUGCCAAGCUUUGACUUUGCGAAGAUUGAUAUUGAAAGAUCUGAAAAGGAGAUCUGAAACCAACACUUUGAAGUGGAAGGAGAACACAUCUCUGUUUAUGGUAGAAGUGCGUGACAUUCAUCUCUGUUUAAGGCUAUUGUUGAUGGGGUUUUCAACAAGAGUGGUGAUAACAAAUUUUACGUGCUCAAGGACUAUCACAUGUUCCAAGCAUUGACAAACACGCAGUUGAUUCCCACUUCAAAUUAAUGAAUGACUUCUCAUAUGGAUACAGAAAGGCGAUGUGGAGGACCUUAUCCUUAUUUAUAUGGCAGCAGAAUUCACAGGAUAUGUCAAUAGCAAGGCGCUCCAAGGGCUCCUGUCGUGGACCAACACAUGGUUGGUUUCCAGUCUAAAUGAACAUCUUCGACCUCAGAAAUGGAGUGGCGGCUACCACUGUCGUGGACCGACACAUAAAUGAAUGGUCCACACCACUUGGUUUCCACUCUAAAUGAAUGGCUACUUCUUCUUUGAACAGAGCGGAGGAUGUAUCACAUUGCUGUUUGAGGUAGGGAAUCGUGCUGAGCAGAUCAAUUGCUGUCAUGACCAACUCACGGAUGGAUUCCACUCCAAAUGAACGGCUUCUUUACCGGAAACGGAAGGAGGAAGUACGCAUCACUGCUCAUGUGGUGGUAGAAGUUCAGGAUAUGCUGAGAAAUGACUGCUCUUGUCAUGGGCCAAUACGUGUUUGGUUUCCACUCCAAAUGAACUGACUUUCAGAAACCGAGGUGGAGAAUGCAUGGCAAUGCUAUUCAUGAUGGAGAACUGCAGGAUCUGUUGAGGGCACAUGACUGCUGUCAUGGACAAAUAGAUGGAUGAUUUCCACUUCAAAAGAACAACUUUUCUUCUUGGAACAGCAGAAGAGGACCCAUGGUGAUCUAGUAGUAAUUUUGUCCCUGGUAGAAUUGCGGGAUAUGUUUAUUUAGAACAGGUGCCACAGCUGUUGUCAAUGGGUAGGGAGUUCCGAGGAUUGUAAUUUGUGAUGGCAGAUGUACAAGGGGAAUUUGGUGGCUGAUUUGCAUGAUGCGUUGAGCCUCACUGCUUGAUACCACGAGCGUACACACACAGAUUAAGAGAUCACACGAAUUCCACGCUGAAAACCAGAUAUGCGCAGCUUAGACUUCCCAACAAAUUAUCACAUCAAAC